UGUAUUGUUAAGAAGAUGACCAGGUUUGUAUUGAACCAAGUGAUCCGGAACUCGAGAAAAAAAUCGCAGCAAGCAAAUUUUCUUCCGGGACGUAUUUCAGUGAAGGACCAUUUCCGUUUCCUGUUCACUUGUCAACACAAGCUCCACGCGCGUACUCCUGAGAGCGAGAUGCCGAAGGCCCAGAAGAGCAAAGCUGCGGACAAAGUCGUCCAUCCGUUCAGCAGGAAGGCCGCUUACCUGAACCGGGAGGACGUCCGGCUGAAGAGGAAGGAGAGGAUGAAGAGUGAAAAAGCAACACGCCUGAGCAACAUAGGUGAGAAGCUGCUGUGGUUUCAGAGUCAACUGGAUCCUAACAAGACGAGUUACACCAAGAGAGAUGCCUGUGAGGUUGUUGAAAGGUACCUCCACAGAUUCGACUCGGAGCUCGAGCAGAUCGAGUUGGUGAACGGGAUCAAGGGUCGUCAGGGUCGUCUCCACGGAGCCAGAGAAGCGGCCAUCAAACAGAGCGUAGAGCGAGAGCGGGCGCAGUUUGAGGGCGCUGGGUUGGAGAUCCCAGACAUCAUCAACACCAAGCAUCUGAAAUCAUUCAGAGAUUGGACUGGAGAUCUGAAGAAACUUCCAAACAUAAAAAUGCGAAACGUUUCAAGCAAAGUUUUGGACACAAAGGCUGAGACGGAGGAAAAAGAGGAGGUGGAGCAUGAUAAUGAUGAUGAAGAUGAUGAUAGAAGAGAUGAAGAUGAUGAAGAAGAGGCGCUGGAUGACAACAUGGAGAUGCCAGAGUCUCACUAACACCUCAGUCUGACUGGAUCACGCUGCUCUGCCACGACUGUCCACAAGAUGGUGCUAGACCUUCAGAUUCAGCCACACCAAACCUUUUCCGUUGGGUUUAAUAACAGCAGCAGAUUUUUGGAUGUUCUACAUUCAUCGUUUAUUGCACAGACAAAAAAAAAAAAAAAGGUUUUGCAUGUAACGGCGUCUUCAA